GGAAGUGCGGGGACACCGAGGGCGGAGGGAAGAGGCCGGUUCAAGAUGAGUGGGCUCGGCCGGCUCUUCGGGAGGGGGAAGAAGGAGAAGGGGCCAACCCCAGAAGAAGCAAUACAGAAAUUGAAGGAAACAGAGAAGAUCCUGAUUAAGAAGCAAGAGUUCCUGGAGCAGAAGAUUCAGCAGGAGCUACAAACGGCCAAGAAGCAUGGGACCAAGAAUAAGAGAGCUGCCUUACAGGCCCUGCGAAGGAAGAAGAGGCUGGAACAGCAGCUGGCGCAGACUGAUGGGACAUUGUCCACCCUGGAAUUCCAGCGGGAGGCCAUCGAGAAUGCCACCACCAAUGCCGAAGUGCUGCGGACCAUGGAGUUGGCUGCCCGAGGCAUGAAGAAGGCUUACCAGGACAUGGACAUUGACAAGGUGGAUGAGCUGAUGGCCGACAUCACAGAACAGCAGGAGGUGGCCCAACAGAUCUCGGAUGCCAUUUCUCGGCCUGUGGGCUUUGGAGAUGAUGUGGACGAGGAUGAGCUGUUGGAGGAAUUAGAGGAAUUGGAACAGGAGGAACUAGCUCGGGAGUUGCUGAAUGUGGGCGACAAGGAGAAAGAACCCCAAGUCGAAUUGCCCAGUGUACCCUCCACCCUUCUGCCUACAGGGCCAGCUCCCAAAGCAGAUGAAGAUGAAGCAGAGCUGAAGCAGUUGGCUGAGUGGGUAUCCUGAUGUGCCAGCUUGACCUCAUCUUCCUAACGCUGCCUUCAUUGGUUUACUCUCCUUAAGUGCCAUGUGCUGAACUAAAGUGGUGUAGCUUUUUGGUAUGCUCCUGUUGACGGAGACAGGGCUCUGUUGCUGUCCCAUCCCUGGCUCAAUUCUGGGGAGAGAACUUGGCUGCCGACAGAGUGCCUGCUGCUCCCUUCUUGCUGAUGGCAGGUGCAAUGCCCUCGUUCCCAAUAAAAGUGGGCAGGUGGA